CGUCGCAGACCACUACCACUGCAGAAUUGAAUAUUUUAUCACUAUGGCUUUUUCAAAAACUAUCUUGUUCAUCUUUUUCGCAGUUACGAUGAUAUUGGUUCAAGGAAUGCCGAGGCUGUCGAGAGGGGCCAGUACGGACGACUCGUGUGACAACUUUGUCUGUGAAAAUGGAGGCACUUGCUUGUCACUGUUCGACUAUGGAUUGACGGGUGUCGUUUGUUUAUGCCCCCAAGGUUACGAAGGAACUCACUGCGAGACAGAGUCACAAGAUUGAUGUGAUCUGAUAACCCAUAAACUUGAUUUAACUCUUAGUGAACAAUAAAUGAUGUAGUUAAUGAUUUAAU